GGGUGGCGGUUCCCGGCGCAUUUGAGAAUCUCCGCCGCUCGGCAGAACCUGGAGAUCCCUUUUAUCGGGAGCUUCUCGAGGCGGACCGAGAGGCAACGAAUAGACCUAGUUGGCCCGUGUAGAACGAAGGAACUUCUAGUGGUGGCUGGCAGAUACCUUUAAAGCUUUCAAAGACAAGAUGAAUACAGAUGCCAAGGGGGUUUUAUCCCUAGACUUGCCAGCUCCAAAGGUAAAAGAAGAACUUAGCAAGAAAGUAGAGGUUGCAGGUCACCUCCAAAUGCAGGACCCCAUACUGAAAUGCAGUUACCCACUGGCCAGGGAAAUCUUCCGGAGGCGCUUUCGGCAACUGUGCUAUCAGGAGACCCCCGGACCAAGGGAAGCACUUGCCCAGCUCCGGGAGCACUGCUACCAGUGGCUGAAGCCACAUGUGAGCACAAAGGAACAGAUUUUGGAUCUGCUGGUGCUGGAGCAAUUCCUGUCCAUCUUGCCCAAGGAACUGCAGGGCUGGCUGCGGGAACACUGUCCAGAGAGUGGGGAAGAGGCCGUGGUUCUGCUGGAAGACCUGGAAAGAGAACUUGAUGAGCCACACCAGGAGAUGGUAACCCACAGACAUGGACAAGUAAUUUUCUGUAAAGAUACAGUGGCUGUGGGAGAACAGAAAUUCUUAAACCUUCAGUUCCAGCCUAAGGAGCCCCAGCUCUCACAUGACCCUGCCUGGGAACCCCAUCCCACUCGCAAGACAGAUGGAAUGACCAAGACUGAGGACAGAGAAUCAGUGCUAAGGAAGGAAUGUCCUAAAGGAGUUGAGCCACAUGGGAAAACAUGGUCUGGACAGAGCUGGGUGCUGCUACACCAGGAUCCCCAAUGUGGAGAAGCUGGUCAUGGGGAGAUGCACUGGAAAACCCCCCAAACAACAGAGGGAUCCCACAAAUGUGAGGAAUGCGGAAAGAGCUUUGCUCAGAGCUCAGCUCUCACUCAACAUCAAAGAAUUCACACUGGAGAAAGACCUUAUGAAUGUAACGAGUGUGGGAAAACCUUCAGCCGGAGUUCUGGGCUGUUUAAUCACCGCGGCAUCCACAAUAUACAGAAACGGUACCAUUGUCAAGAGUGUGGGAAGGCCUUUAGCCAGAGUGCGGGGCUGAUUCAGCACCAAAGAACACACAAAGGAGAAAAGCCCUAUGGGUGCAACCAGUGUGAGAAGAGCUAUGGUCGGCGAUCAUUUCUCAUUGAGCACCAGAGAAGCCACACAGGAGAACGGCCUCAUCAGUGUCCCGAGUGUGGGAAAAGCUUUAACCGCCACUGCAACCUCAUCCGCCACCAGAAGAUCCACACAGUGACCAACCUGGUCUGAUCCUCACUGUGUGCAAGCCUUCUCGGUCACCUGCUGGAGUGUGUGGGAUGUGGGGCCAGAGAGAUAGUAUAAAGGAUAUGACGCUUGCAUACCAUAUGGUUCAAUCCUAGUUUCAAUCACCAGCAUCCCAUAUAGUUCCCUGAGUCUUUGAGGAGUGAUCUUUAAGCACAGAGCGAGGAGUUAGCCCUGAGUACUGCUGAGUAUUGCCCAAAACAACAGAAACCUAAGAUCAGGGUGCCGUGAAAGUUGAUUUCUGGUUGUGCAUGGAUUAAUUGAAUUAAUCCAGUAGCAGAAAAUUAGGUAUGGUCCCCCACCCAAGGUGGGGGGAAAGCAGAAUGAAUGGGAUCAUGUCAGACUAGUUGUUGUCUUUCUGUGUUUGGGAACAAACAUCCUAAAGGAAGAUUUAGCAUUUUUAAGCUGCUACUUUACCUUUGCCUCCUCCACCCCUAUUGUGUUAUACCAUCCUCGUUCUUACUAUUUAUU